ACUCUUGCAUUGCCUUCUCCAUUUUUCACCAUUUUUAGGUCAGUGUAUUGCUUAACUGGCCCCUCGUCGGCACAGUGGUUGGCAGUGCUCUCAGUCUCACCUUCACCUACCAUGCGUCACUUGCUGCAGUCGUCGGAGCACCUGACCGCCGCGACGGCGACGGCGGCGGCGUCGGGCGGCCGGGGCGUCCACACGGACACGUUCCUCAUCCUCGCCGCCGUGCUCUGCUUCCUGCUCUGCGUCGUCGGGCUGGCGCUGGUGGCGCGGUGCUCGCGGCUGUGCAACCCGUCGUCGUUCGCCGUCGAGGCGGAGGAGGCAAUGCCCCCGGCGCCAUGCAAGGGGCUCAAGAGGAAGGCGCUGCUGUCGCUGCCGACCGUGUCGUUCGCCGAGGCGGCGGCGGCGGAGGAGGAGGAGGAGCGGCCGGAGUGCGCCAUCUGCCUCGCCGAGUUCGCGCGCGGCGACGAGGUCCGCGUGCUCCCGCCGUGCGGCCACGGCUUCCACGCCGCCUGCGUCGACGUCUGGCUCGUGUCCACCUCCACCUGCCCCUCCUGCCGCCGCGCCAUCGUCGUCCUCGCGGCGCCGUCGCCUGCAGUCACCGCCGCCGCCACCGACCCCCCGCCGCCGUGCUGCGCCGCCGACGCGGCACAGGCGUCGUCACAGCCACCGCAACCCACCGGCGCCAGCGACCGCGGCGGCUGCCGGACAUCGGUGCCGUAGAGCUCCAGCUCUCUCUCGCUCGCGUACGUGCAUCAUUCGAUUGUACAUACACACACACCUAGCAAAAACGUGAAUAGUAGAUACGUGUUCCGAGAGAUUUUUUCUUGUACUACGCAGCAAUGCAACUGUAGUAGAUACAUGUGUUCUGUAAAUACAUGCAUGUACACAUCUCUGUUAAUUAACCAUCAUUUUCCCUUCUUUUUCGAACGAUAAUUAACCGUCAUUUUCUUCUUC